AUGAGCAGCAGCACAACAUCAGAUAAAACCAUAAACACCAGCACAGACUCUGCAGCCACAGCCCUCACCUCCAUCACCGGGACCGAUGACUCCAUGGACGCAGAAGCCGACCCCCCAGAACUCCAAAACCUUAUAGACGACACCCCUCCACCCAAUCCCCAAGGAAACCCUCCCUCUACAGCACCCCCACAUUACCACAGGGGGCAGGACAGCGGAGAAUUCGACCCCCCAUCCUACGCUAUUCCCCAGUCAGCCACAGACACCUUGGAUUCACCUAGGCCUGGACCAGCGAGGUUUAUCUUCGAUGUACCUAUACCAGAACCUCAUCAAAAUCACAAGAAACCUGAAAAGCCCCGUAAUAAAACUCAAGUAAGCCAACCGAAUCCCGACCUAGCAGCGCCCUCUACGUCAAUGCAAUAUGACAAAAUAGAACCACCAAAAAGUCCAAAAGUUACACAAACAAAAUACGAAACGCACUUCAAUUUUGAACCCGAGGCUGUAAGGAGAGGAAGUGAGCCCAGGGUCAAGAAAGACAAGGAAUAUUAUAAGGAUGAAGUGGCGAGGCUGCGGAAACAACUAGAGGGGACAGAAGUCUUUACCAGAAGGAGAUCAACCCACCAGCAUUCCGUUCCACCAGCAUCUUCAAGACGACAAUCUACUGCAGCUCAAGUCCACGUUACGGCAAAUCCUUUAGACUCAGCAUCUUCUAUGCCGGCUGGUCGUACCACCAUCGUAGUGCAGCAGCCUUCCCUCUCCCUAGACUACGGUGGAUGUUCGACCAUCCUCAUCAGAGACGGAGAAGAUGCUAGACGGAACAGCAGGGCCUGUGAUCACAUCCAGCAGUUGUUAGACGUUACCAGUCAGUUCACUUCGGAAGAUUUGCACGAGUUUGAUAAAAGGUAUGGCAGUCCACACCACUCAAGAUCCCAGUCAGUCAAAGCAGCCAGGUCACGCACUGGCGAAAGACAACUCCUUGGGCUGCCACAACAGAGGGCCAGGGUUGCAUCUAUGCCAAACACUGGUGUCGAAGAGGAAUACUAUCGGUUACGACAUUUUAGUAUUACAGGUAAGGGAGUGGUGAAUCGUGGAGACUCUCUGCGAUCCAGAAGGUCCAGGUCGAACACAUCGGUAGCAUCCAGCGCCUCCAGUACGGAAGCUGUAACCAGAGCUUCUGCUCCUUGUUCGCUGGCAUCUUCCAGGGACUCGUCUGCUGGUCUCAGUUCAUAUCGAGUGGUGGUGGUGGGCGGGCCGGGCGUAGGAAAAUCAAGCCUUGUGGGACAGUUCAUGACCUCGGAGUAUUUACACGCCUACGACACUAGUAUAGAUGACGAGUCAGGCGAGAAGUCAGUAUGUGUGCUACUAGCGGGAGAAGAGUCGGAGAUCACAUUCUUGGACUCACCACCAGACAAUCUUAUUUCUGAGGGCUGCGCACAUGGCUACUGCGUAGUCUAUUCGACUGCGGAUCGAGCUAGCUUUGCUGAAGCGGAACGGCGUCUUCAGGUGUUAUGGGCGGCGGGACAUACGGCACGCCGGGCUGUGAUACUAGUCGGGAAUAAGGCGGACCUGGCGCGCUCGCGGGCUGUGCCCACGGACGAGGGCAAAACUCUAGCUACGUCAUACGAGUGCAAGUUCAUAGAGACAUCUGUGGGCAUCAACCACAAUGUGGACGAGUUACUGGUGGGUCUGCUCACUCAGAUCCGUUUGAAACAGCAACACGCUGAACGUGUCAGAAAGCGAAGCAGUUCCCGCAAGAAUAGGAGCCGCGCUCGCUCCCCUCUUGAAGAUGUUGCUGCCCCCGCCGCUGCUCCCUCGUCCGCUUCCAGCACGCCACGGAAACGAACUCGCCUCUCUGCUAGUGUUAAGGUCCGUGGUCUCCUUGGUCGUGUAUGGGCGCGCGACUCAAAAUCAAAAUCAUGCGAGAAUCUCCACGUACUCUAG